UCUCGCUUGGUGCAGCCUCCCCCUCCCCCAGCCAGGAGAGCUGAGCACGGAGGAACAGAGGAGGAACGGAGGAACGAGAACCCCCAGAAAUGUUGCCUCCUGGACUCAGGCCCCAGGUCCUGCCCUCCCUCUGCUUCUGCAUUUUGGUCCUGGCCUGUGUUGUGGGUGAGGAGGAGCGGAUGGGCGGCUGCGGGGCCCCUGCAGGGGUCUGGGGUGUGAGUGCGACCAUCCGACCAUCCGUAGGGCGUGCAGCAUGCCUGCAAGCCGUGCCCACAGAAUCCCCAAGCCCCCCACCGGGGCUAGCGAGUAGUUCUUGGAGCCUGGUGUCCGACAAGGUGAAGACACUGGUGACCAGGACCAGAGAGAAAUGGCAGUGGUUCUGGGGACCAGAGGCCCUCCAGGGCUUUGUGCAGACCUAUUACGAGGACCACCUGAAGGACCUGAGUCUCCGCACCCAGGCCUGGCUCCGCAGCUCCAAAGACAGCCUUCUGAACCGGGCCCACAGUCUGUGCCCCCGGCUUCUCUGUGGGGACGGGGACCGGAAUUGAAGUUUCUGCAGCGUCCACAAUAAAGAAAUGCUUCUCUGUG